AUGGCGGGGCGCUGCCGGAUUUGUGCGGCCCGCGGCGUGGACGGCCCCGCCCUCCCAGGCAUGGACGACUGCCCGACGCACCAGCAGCUCGGUGGCGCGGUGGCGGCCGCCCCUGCUGCCAAGGCUGACGAGCCGCACAUGGGUGACGACUCCGAGGACUCGGGCCUCACCCAGGCCGCCGCCGCCUUGCAGCUGGCCGCAGUCCCAACGCCGCCUGGGCUUGCCCCGCCUGCAGCUGCUGGAGCCCCGGGCAUGGCGCCAGCUGCUGGGCCCCCGUUGUCGGCUCCCGGUCGGCCGAUCGGAGCCGCGCUGGCAGCCGCGACAGCGCCGGCGCUCGCCUCCGAGCUGGACCACCUGCACGCCUUCCUCGAGGACGAGCUCUUGGCUAACUCGGUGGUGACGGCGGCGGCGGCCUCCACGGGCCUUCAGCCCCCACCGCCAGAGGGCGGAGAGCGAGUCCCUACCUCUUGGACGGAGCUGUCGGCAAUGCUCCGGCGGCAGGCUUUUCAGUGUGACGCCCGUGACCCCUGGCAGGCGCUGGGCCUGUUCACCAUGGAGGGUCCCGCCCCGUCGGUGAUGGACCUCGACCGCCGUCUCUGGCGGGCCCGCACGCUGCUGGCCGUCACGGGCAAGGCUGGUUGGACGGAAGACGACGCUGCCGCCGCGCUUCAGGCGGAGUCGCACCUGCUCUGGGCGCAUGCGCAUGGCCUUCAUCAACUUCCGGCAGUGCUAGCUCGGCGCAGGAAGGACAAGGGCGCUCCUCACGACCGCUGGAAGGAACUGGGCGCCCCAGGCCUGGAGUUCAUCAUGAACACCCCAGCGUCUCUCAACGAGGCGGUCGCGACGCAGAUUUCGGACGUAGUCGAGUUAACUCCUGCUCUUCGCCAACACGGUCGGCUGCUCGACCCUGCCUCCGCUAAGGUAUGGCAAGAGCGACUCGCGGCCGGUGAUUUCGAUGGUAAUCAGCUGAUGCAGUGGUUGCCCCAUGGUGGCCUGGUUGCGUGGGCGCCCACCUCGACCUCGGCGUUGGGGCGGCUCCGGGGUGCUCUCCUGAAGAUCCCUGCGGCGCUCUUCGAGGGACGCCCCAUCCGCCUGCUGGUCCCCAUGGCGGUGCUCCCAGGCUGUUCUACCACGACCGCUGUCCGAGACCUCUUCUGGCACCCGUUUUUCAGCGACAAGUGGGCGUCUCUCAUUCGGGAGCAAGGCUUCGUGACCCAAGCCCUCCAGAUGCUUGACACGGGCUCCGGCGGCCCACAGCACGUCUCCAAGGGCUUCUUCAUCGCCACCGUGUCGACGCAUUUCCCGCACCAGUUGCCGAAGAUGCUGUCGGUGGCGUUGCCGUUAGCGGAGGUGCGGGUGGGCCAGGUCGUCUACAUGGAUUGCCCCACCUCGCACUUAGCCAUGGUGCUUGAACGAGUUUUGGCAUUGGGCGAGGUCCUGCAGCUUCGAGUGGGUCGUAGCGGCCGCAGCCCGGGCUCGUCGGAGGCCGCCCCGCGCACCCGCACAGAGCUUCACAUGCCACCCACUGUGACGGAUUUCAGCGUCCAGAUGCUGUUGGUUGGUUUCCGGAGGCAGGAUUGGCCCGUUCCGAUUUUCUUCGCGUCCAGGUCAAUCUACUCGGACUCCGCGGCCCCGCUCCUGGAGCUCACGGACCCGUCCGCCCUCGGCAAGGUCCACAGCCUGUGCAGGGAGUGCCUCUUCUUGUCCACGACGAAGGCGACGAUCCGCACUGAUGCAGACCCCGAGGAUUGGCAGCGGCUGCUGGAGGACAUCUGGGCCAUGGAUCCGGAGGCAGCGGCGACCUCGUUUCGAUGGCGCCCUUCUCGCAUGGGCGGCCGCUCCAUCGCAGCUCCGGCCGCGGCCAAGGAACGUCUCCGAGCAGCGCGGCAUCCGGCUGUGGCCCGCCUUGAAACUCAAGGCGAUGGUUCGUGCACUGCUGACCUCACAGCCACGGGCUCCCUCGGAUACGACCCGCAGAAGGCGGUGGCUGCUAUCAUGGCGGUAGUGCUUCAGCAGACGGGGGUGGACAUGAAGCACGCAGACUCGGCGACGCAGCUCUGCCCGGGCACGUGGCGGCGCACGGCCGCUGACGACCCGUCAGCGGACCCCAGCAGGGUUCGUCUGUACUUUCGCACGGCGGCGGAGGCCGGGGCAGUCCAGACGGCCAUCCAGGGACGCGCCAUACAGGUGGGCGACGACGUGGUGGCCCUCCAGGUGCAUGCAUGUGUAAUUGAGGCCAUCGCCUCGGACGGCACUGUCGGGUACCUCCUCGACCUCGUCAUGGGGGCCAGCUGGAACUCGCAGGCGCUGUUCGCCUGGGAGCGAGCAGGCGCGGGGCUGAUCAUGAAGAAAUCUUUCCUGGACCAGUUCGAGGCCGUGGAGCCGCGGUGGAUCCAUCUGGUCCCAGGCAGGGCAGCGCUGUUGCAAUUGAGGGGCACGGUUGGUGCUCUCGACGCUCACGUCGUAUACUUUGCCACUGGCACGCCAGGCAUGGUGCAGCCCAGGGGCAUGGCAGUCGACGGCGCUUUAGCCGCCGGCGCGAGGGAGGAAGUCUUGUCAUUGGUUACGGGCGACUUCAACUGGGUGGCUGCCCCUGAAGACCGGACGGUGAAAUCUACCGGCGAGUUCUCUGGCGCGGACGACGCCGCCGAGCAGAGGGAGGCCAUGGCGACGCUGUGGGGCCUGGCCGGCUUGUACGAGGUCCGCCAAGACGAACCCACGCACGAGUGCGCUCAGGCGUGGAGCCGGCUCGAUCGUUGCUACUGGAAUGCAGACUUGGCUGGCCAACUGGACCGCGACAUCUCGUGCACUGCUCUUGAGUGGGUUCCACAGUUGUCGGCCCACAGGGCCAUCGCAUUCGGCCGCCGCACCCCGGCCAGGCGAGAAGCAGGUGCCGCGCCGGUCCGCCCGGAGAUUGUCGCCGACGCCAGCUGGCCACUCCGGGUCGCGGCGGUGUACCAAGAGCUGCGGCAGUCAUGGUGGCGCUCGGCCGGCGGCUCUUCCGCGGUCGAUCCGGGGCUGCCCCCGGUGCCAUCGUCUGGACAUGGUGUGCCCCCUCUCCGAGAUCUGGCUUUCCUUAAGCAGGCAAUGAGGAUCACGGCGGACUGGAUGCUCCAGGAGUCUUCAACGACUACGCCAGGGGCCUCGCUCGACAACAACGUGGGCCAUACGUUGCGUUUCAAACGAGCGGCAGAACGGGGGGCGACAGGAGUGAUGCAGCAGUGCCUUCACGCAUUCCCUCGCCUUGGCACCUUAGUCCCCUCGCCGCUACAGCUGGCCAGCGCUCGCGGCCGGCAGCUGCAACCGCACCGACAGCUCGCCGUGGAGUUGGCGCGCGAUUUCGCCUUGGAGGAGCUCUCGGCCUUGCAGGCGCAGCGGGGGGAUUUGACCGAGCAGGAGGUGGGCGCUCAUCGCAGCCGCAUCCAUACCAAGCUCAAGAAGCUCGCCCCCAGUCGCUCGGGCAGCCUUGCCGGCGUGGCGUCGACGAGCGGGGAAAUCUUGACCGAUCCGAAGGAGAUGGCGGACGCUCUCAGACAGCACUGGCAGGACGUCUUCGCGCAGCGCCCGGCAGACGAGCAGCUCUUGGAGCAGGGGGUGCGGGACGACGUGCCGCCGCAGGUGCCGCCGCCUGACGCGGGCGCUUGGGCCCUCCGUCGUUCGCACGUGCAGAAAGCAUUAGAGCAGUCUCCAAAUUCGGCUCCUGGUCCAGAUGGGCUCUCCUUCGCGGCGUGGCGCCGCCUCGGCCCGCUGGCCGUCGACGUCCUCUGGAACGCGCUCCAGGCCAUCACGAUGGAGGCAGAAGCCGAGUACUUCGAGGAGUUCAUCACCACCUUCAACACCAGCCUCAUG